AAGCCACCAACAAUCACGACCACAAAUCUCAUCGAAAUGUCGUCUCAAGAAACGAAAUCAGAUCAAAGAGAAGGAGCAGAGAUCUGCAAUGGCGAAUCAAACUGCAAACAAAAAGCCAAAGAGAUCUUAUCAACCAUGAAUCUACCCAAAGGACUUCUUCCAUUAGACAACAUGACAGAGAUCGGUCACAACAAAUCAACCGGUUAUGUCUGGAUCAAGAUCAAGAACAAGGUUCAACAUCGGUUCAAAGCCAUCGGAAAAAACGUAUCGUACGAUUCGGAGGUUACUGCGAUCGUUGAGAAUCGUCGGAUGCGACAGCUUACUGGGAUCAAAAGCAAAGAGAUUCUGAUUUGGGUUACGAUCUCUGAGAUCUUUGUUAAUGAUCAAGAUCCGACUAUAAUCACUUUUGCUAAUCCUACGGGACUUUCACGUACUUUCCCCGUCACUGCUUUUGAAGAAGACGAGUGAUUUUGAUUUUGUCAACGCUCAUUAUGAUACUUUGCUUAGCUAAAUUAUCUCUCUUUUCUUUUUUUCUUAUAAUUCCUUUUGUUUA